UUGUUUUGUUUUGUUUCAGAUAAAGAUGUGAAAUUUAAGCGAUUUAUAUCGGAAUUACAUAAGUUAUUAUCUGCGGUGUGAAAUACGUUCAGUGCGAGACUGUAAUAUGGAGGACCAGGCGUAUGCAAUUUGCGGUGAGAACAGUGAAAGUGGAUUUUCGGAAGAACUUGAUAUUUUAGAGUCCAUCUACAUAAAUGAGUUGACUGUUGAAAGAGAUGAUUGUGGUUCAGUACAACAAAUAACCUGCCAGUUGUAUCCGUCUACUGGAGAUGAUGUACAAAAACAAUUUGUCUGCUUAACAUUACAGCUUUCUUUACCUGAAAAUUAUCCUAAUGAUGUGCCUGCUAUUACCAUAAAAAACCCGAGAGGCCUUGGUGAAGAUGAACUUGCAAAACUUGAAACAUCUUUAAAAGAGUUGGCUGAUGAAAGAAAAGGUGGACCUAUGUUGUAUGAAUUGUUUGAACUUGCCAAAGAAAGCCUUACUGAAGGCAACAUACCCAGACAACACUGUGUCAUCUGCCUGCAACAUUUCAAAGAGUUUGAAGAAUUCACUCGUACUGAAUGUUACCACUACUUUCAUUGCCAUUGUCUUGGAAGAUACGUUGAACAUUGUCUGAAUGAUGUCACAGAAGAUGGUGCUAACUCUGCAACAUCUUCAACUCCUUCAAAGAUUAAUGAGAACACUGCAGAAAAAGAGGUUGUAUGUCCUGUAUGUCGUGAAACCAUUUUGUAUGACUUAGACUCUUGGUUGAAUGCUCCAGAACCUAUUCAAGAAGAUACUUCUUUCCAAUUAUCCACUAAACUCAUUUCCAGACAAGAAGAAAUGGCUAUCAUAUUUGAAAGACAGCGAGCCAAUGGAGGUCUUAUUGACAUUGAAGCUGAACGUAAUAAAUACCUUAUAUCGGCAGGAGAGUGUAUUAAUACCACUGCAAAAGAGACACUUGCUGAUUUUCCUUCAGUGCUCAAUGGAAACCAGUUAGGAAAUUUUGAUAAGAAGUCUGGAAAGUCACCAACUAGAGCUAACAUCAAUUCUGCUGAGGACGAUAAGGCUGCCCCUAGAGAUUACGGUAUGCGUCAUCACAGGCGUGGUAACCAGAGUUAUGGGAAAAACGGUUUUGGCGAGGGCAAAGGUAGGUAUUUUCGCAACAAAGAAAACUAUAAUGGGCAACGUUGUAAUAGCCCUAACCAAAACAAAUGGAACCGAACUGAAUACAAUAACAUCGAAGAUUCCAAUCUAUCUUCUCCGAGAGGUGACCGUCCUCUUGCUAAGAUGGAUGCUCAGUGUUCAAAUGAUAAGCUGAAAAAUGCUGACUUGCAGGUUCAAAACCAUCAACAUACUUACAAAGAAAGUAAUGCCAAACCCUUUGAAAAGCAGCACAAAAAGUUUGACGUAAACCAAGAUAACCGUAGGUACAACAACAAGUCUUCUAAUCAUUUCCAAAGGAAAGGAAACAACAAUAGUUACAAAGAUAAAGGAUGUUUUUAUUCUAAUUCUUAUAAUAACAAUUCUGGACAAGGCACUCAGGAAAAAUUUGCUUAUUCUCAUAGACAUUCUGAUAAGAGCAAAGCUGUAAAUAUAUCUAAAAAUACUGCUAAUCCUUGCCCAAAAUCUGAAUAUCAUAACUCUCAGGAAACUCCGGUUGUGACGUCUUCGGACAAGCCUCAACACAGAUAUACAAGGAAUUAUCAGGAAAAUAAUAGAAAAUACCAUGAUGAUGAUCAUGAUGUACCAAUCUCUUCGUCUCAGACUAGGAGUCAUCAGGAGGAUUUAGAAUUACAAGGAAAUAAAAACCGAACCAGAGCCAAAUCUCAGAACUAUUUUCAUAGCAAGAAAAACUAUUAUGAAAAUGGGGAUCACUCCAGGAAAACACCAAGGUACAAUAAACAUGACUGCUACGACAGUGAUCAAAAAUAUUUUGCUCACACUCGAAAAUCCCACCUAAAUGACCAUUACUUCCAGCGUCGCUAUCAAGGUAAUAGACGAGAUGGUCAUUAUCCACAAGAGGUCCACAACAUAUCACCUAAACAGCAGGAAAAUGAGGCACAUGCCAAGUAGCUUAUUAAAGUAUACAGUUUGCACUCACUGUGGAAAGUUAACCCACAUAAUAAUACUUCAAUGCACUUUCAUUCAUAAAAUUGCUGGAUGAAACACUUUCCGGAUUUGAAUCUUCAUAAACACUACACUACACACACACACACACACACACACACACACACACACACGGGCACAGUCCUGUCUGAUACGUAUGUUUGUAAUUUAUAUAUAUAUAUAUAUAUAUAUAUAUAUAUAUGUAGAUAUAUAUAUGUAGAUAUGUAUGUAUAUACGUACAUAUAUGUAUGCCUGUAUAUGUGUGUGUGUACACAUACGUAUUUGUAUAUCUAUGCUUCUAUAUAUAUAUAUGUGUAUGUAUGUAUGUAUGUUUCUAUAAUAUAUAUAUAUAUAUAUACAUAUAUAUAUAUAUAUACACAUAAAUACAUACAUAUGUAUAUGUAUAAAUGUUUGUGUGUGUGUGUGUGUGUAUAUAUACACACACAAGUAUGUGUAUGUAUGUCUCUAUAACUCACACACAUAUAUAUAUGCACAUGUUUGUGUGUGUGUGUGUGUAUAUAUAUAUAUAUAUAUAUAUAUAUAUAUAUGUGUAUAUACACAUAUACACACACACACACACACAAGUACGCACUCAUAUAUGUACAUGUGUAUAUUUAUUAGUGUGUGCAGUGAGAAUGUAAAUAUAUCCAGGGAAAAUACUGUCCACAUAGUACACUUAAGUAACCAAGUAUAAAGAAAAGAUUUGAAAGGAUUAGUCACCAUGCUGGACAGUGGCCAUUUGUGAACUCAGAAGGAAAAGGGCAGGAAAAAUAAACAGAAAAUCAUGUUGUUUUGUUUUGUUGCUAGUCUUCUACAUGGAUAUUAUCUUAGCAUAUCAAUGCAGACUUAGCUUAGAUUACCCUUGGAUUAUAUAUGUUUAUAUGUGUAUGUAUGUGCUUAAUGGUGUGUGUAUACUUAAAUAUAUAUGUGUGUGUGUGUGUGUGUGUGUGUGUGUGUGUGUGUAUAUAUAUAUAUAUAAAUAUAUAUAUAUAUAUAAUACACACACACACAUAUAUACUUAACACACACAAAACUGUGUGCUAUAUGUAUGUGUGCUCUGUGUUGUUUUUAUUAUGCAGACGAAACCCGUAUUUAAAAAAAAUUGCAAGAAAGGUCAAAAAAAAGUUGUUAAUUUAUCUUGUUACUGCUGUAAACUUAAGAAGUUUUGUAUAACGAAAAUGGAGCUGAAUGAUGCUUAUUUUUUUCCCUUUCAUUUCCUUUUUUUUUGUUUUUUGUUUCUGUAAUUUACUCAGAGGAAAUUGUUACUUAAAAUACCUGUUGUUAAAAAGCUGACCUGAAGGAGAUACAUGCGCUGGCAACUUGUCUUUCAUAAAGGUUUUUGAAAAUUAAUUUCUUCGUGUGUGUGUGUGUGUGUGUGUGUGUUUGUGUGCAUAAAAAAAAAAGAAAAAACAAUAUGCAUCCACACACACUGUCACAAACUCUUGGUGCUGUGCUUACAGCUAUGCAUACUCAAUGACUGGCAGCAAAUACUGUUCUUAAAAUAUCAUCUGAAUACUCUUUAUUUCUCUCCGUCUGCUCUCUUCACUUAUUGUUGAAAAUAUUUUAUGAAAACAAAAUCUGAUAGUGAAACGAAGAGAAAACAAAACAAAAAAAAUUAUACAUAUCUCUUUGAUAUUGCUAUUCUUCUUCUUAUUAUUAUUAUAAUGAUAAGGUGGUGAGCUGGCAGAAUCGUUAGCACACUGGACAAAAUGCUGAGCAGUAUUUCACCUGUUGCUACAUUCUGUCAAGGUCGACUUUGCCUUUCAUUCUUUCUGGGUCAAUAAAUUAAGUACGAGUGGAGUACUGGGGGUUGAUGCCAUCGACUACCUGCCUCCUCCAGAUUUCAGGCCUUGUGCCUAGAGUAGAAAGGAUUAUUAUUAUUGAUAAAACGGUGAGCUGGCAGAAUCGUUAGCAUGCUGGAUGAAAUGCUUAGCAAUUCUCAAAUUCUGUUGAGGUGACUUUGGCUUUCAACCUUUUGGGGUUGAUGAAUGAAGUACCAGUGAAACAUUGGAGUCGAUGUAAUCGACUUGUCCCCUCUUCUAAAAUUUCAGGCCUUGUGUCUUUAGCAGAAAGGAUUAUUAUUAUUAUUAAUAUUAAGAUGGUGGAUUUGCAGAAUCAUUAAAGCGUUGGACAAAAAUACUUAGUGGUAUUUAGUUGUGGUUCUUUAGUUAUGGUAUUUAGUUAUGAUUCAAAUCUCACAGGUCAACUUUACCUUUCAUCUUCCUGGAGUUAAAAUAAAUUACUAGUCUAGUACUGGAGUCGAUGGGGGUCAGCCAGCUGUCCCCUUUUAAGAUUGUUGGCUUUGGGCCUAAGUUUGAAACCAUUAUUAUUAGAAUGGUGAAUUUUUUCCCCAUUGAAUUGUUUGAGUGUUGGACAAAAUGCCUUGGUUAGUUGGCCCUUUACAUUGUGGGUUCAAAUUCUGCUAAGUUCAACUUUAUCUUUCAAUUUUCCCUGCAAAAUUGUUUGCACACCAGGCAAAAUGCUUAGCAGCAUUUCAUCCAUCUUUAUGUUCUGGGUUCAGAUUUUGCCAUGGUCGACUUUGCCUUUCAUCUUUUCUGGGUCAAUAAAAUAACUACCAGUUGAGCACUGGGGUCAAUGUAAUUGACUUAUCCCCUCCUCUAACAUUGUUGGCCUUGUGGCAAAAUUUGAAACCACUAAAAUAAAAUUGCAGUUACAUACUGGAGAAGAUGGGAUUAAUUAAUUCCUGCUAGAUUCUAGACCUUGUACAUAUGUUAGAAAUAUUAUUAUAAUCAUUAUCAAGUUGGUGAAUAGCAGGUAUUAUAGGGCUGUGACAAAAUCUUAAUGCUAUUUAAACAUCUCAUUUUAUUCAGGAUUUAAAUCUUUAGCUACAUUUUUCAUUUGUUCCUUUUUUUUUUCCUGUUUUUACCCUUUAUCCAUCUUGGGUUAAGAUAAACUACAAAUUAGAUACUAUGAUUAGUUCAUUAAUGGUCUACACUUCCUCCUUAAUUUAUGGACUAUGCCAAAUAUUAGAUGUUAUAAUAAUAAUAAUAAUAAUAAUAGUAACACAAUAACACUUCCAAUCAUUUAAGAUCAGAAGGCUCUCAUGGUUUCUAAUCUUAACUGAUUGGAAGUGUUAUCAUGCACAUGUUUUGUCUUGGUAUAAAAGAUGGGCUACAGCAAAUAUUCUGCUCAAUACCACAGAUUUGCUUGUCAGUUGCCUGACCUUAACUGGUUGAACAUGUCCCUUGGUGGUUGACAAUAUGUGCAUCUCUGAUCAUGAGCAAGAGUAGUGAGGGAGCAUCAUAGCCAUGUGUUGAGAGGAAUUCUUUGGGGUUUGAAUAAUUCACCUCUGGAAACAUGGGUGUUUUGUUCAUCAUCCUUAAACAAUCCUCAUCCAGGGACAUUUUGGGCAGGAUUGGCCACUGAACCUGAAGAAAAUUCUAACAGGGGUCCAUCUGCAAGGUCAUGCGCUGUUUAUCUUGAUAUCAGAUCGCCAUGUUGUGCACAUAUGGUUGUGAUGCAUGUUCCUGGUGUAACCUUAUGAGACAGGUAGUCAUGAUGAAUAUAUUAGGCUUUGUAUAUUUGUAUCCCAAGGUCAUGUUGAUGGCAUGCAAAGCUUUCUCAAUAAUAAUAAUAAUAAUAAUUAUUGUCAUCAUGAUCAUGAAAGUGUUGAGCUGGCUGAAUCGUUAGCUUGCCAGAUAAAAUAAUUAAAGGCAUUUCUUCUGAUUUUUAUGUUCUGAUUUCAAAUUCUAUUGUAGAAAGAAUUAUUAUUAUUAUUAUAAUAAAGGUGGUGAGCUGGCAGAAUCGUUAGUAAUGAGAUUAAUUGAAAUAUCAACAAUAUGCUUUCUGGCUAUUCCUGAAACUCUUAUGUAGCUCUUCCAACUGUGUAAUAGCCCUAAACUGUAUCGAUUCCUCUUCAGCUGUAUCAUAUUGUUGUGGGGGUAUUAACCUUAUGUGGUAAUUUCAUGCAUCUGCCUCUAUCCAUAUAUACCCAUAUAACUAUAUAAUGUAUAUCAUGAAAUUUUAAAAUAUUAUUAUUUCAAACCAUUUUUUAAGAAUAACUACUGAACAUUUGGUAAAGGUGUGACUCUAUACUCAGAGUAAAACUUAUUAAGAUCAAGUUGAAUGGGAGUUUAAUUUUACCCAUCAGCUUAAGUAAAAUAAUGGCAGUUCUAAAUUCCAUCCAGGUUGAACAAGCUGAUAGAAGAAACUUGAAGUUCCUGUCAACUUGUUUUUUGCAAUAUAUGUUUAAUGAAGCAUUAAGAUAUAGUGUUUGCCAUAUUUCUGAAAUUAUACGUAAAGAGAAAAUCUGCUGCUUUCCACCAUUUCUAAUACCACCAUUUAACUUUAAAAAAAAAAAUUAUGUAAUAAUGCCUAUUAUGUGAUAAUAAUAAUAAUAAUAAUGAUGAUGAUUGUCCCAAAACUCGCCCUGGUUGAUUUUUGCCUUUCAUCCUUCUGAGAACAAUAAAAUAAGUAUGGGUGAUGUAUAACUGUUGUUAUAGUCCAUUCCACUAUUGAAGGCAGUCUUCAGCAAGCAGAAAGUCCAAUGACUGAACUCGAUGAAAUAAUACCUCAUUAAACUUAGAAUUUUGGAUCUGGACUUGUUUUCCACCACAGUAUAAAUAUAAUGAAAUAAAAAAAAAUAAUGAAAAAAGGAAAAAAGAAAAAAAAUCUAUCUACAUCCAUUUUGAAAAGUAAAGAAAAGAUUUGUUGAAAUUAUUUGAAGAUACUUUAAUGAAUUUUAUCAUCUUUAAAUUGUUUGAUUUGAUAUAUCCUCAUCAUUUUAUUCAUAUCUGUUUGAUUUUUUUUCUGUGAUGGCAUGGGUUUCAGGGUUUCUCAACCAUUUUUUUUAUCUAUGGACCCCUUUCAUUACUAUUUAUGGUUUAAAAGCAACUUAACCCUUCUUGUGUAUAGGUGCACAAUCGCUAAUAUCAAUAUAUUUUUAUUCCUAUCUUUAAGGGUUGCAUCAGGGGCCAAAACAGUAUAGUUGAAUGUGUGUGUGUGUGUGUAAAUUCAAGGAUCGAGGUGUAGGAAGAAGGUGAUCUUCAAGUGAACUGUAGAAAAUAUUAAAAACAGCUUUCAGGAACAAUAGUAGUUUAUUGAGGCGGAAGGUUGUAGAUUUUUUCCAUAUCGCAGUAUGGUAAGCUGAAAAAAAUUGUUUUAUAUUUCAUGGUAGGCAGCCAGGGUUGCUAGGCAUGUGAAUAAAAUUCUGAUCGAAUCGUCUGUAUGUUGACAUGUACUCUUUAUGAUACUGUAAACUUCAUUUAAUCAAGAUACCUUUGGCUUGAAGAGUAGUCUAGUAGUCUGCAGUAGACACUUUGCUUAGACAUCGACCACUUCCGAUGUUCUGCUUGCUAUGAAACAUAUGUAGCCAGGAUAUUAUGUACUCCACUCUUUAACUCAUCUAUAUGUAUAUAUAUAUAUAUAUAUAUAUAUAUACACACAUAAAGUGCUGGUGCCAUGUAAAAAAAAAAGCACCCAGUAUAUGCUGCAAAGUGGUUGGCGUUAGGAAGAGCAUCCAGCUGAAGAAACCAAACCAAACAGACUAUGGUGCCUGGUGCGGCCCCAGACCAUGCCAGCUCCUGUAAAGCCAUACAGCAUGGAAAACGAACUUUAAAUGAUGAUGAUAUAUAAUGUAGUGGUUCUUAAAUCUACCUUGAGCCCUCAGGCGCAUUACGACAGCUUAUCUAAGAUAUAUACAUUAUUUACAUUUGACAAAUAUUUGUCCUCAUCUUGCUUGUUGUUAACACAAUGUUUCGACUUAUACACCCUCCAGCCUUCAUCAGGUGUCUUGUAGAAAUUUCGAACCUGCCUUCUCAUUCCUAAGGUAUUUUUCAAUGUUAUUAUUACUAUUAUUCAGGUCACUGGCUGGAAUCGAAUUCGGAAUCUUGGGGUUAGUAGCCCGCGCUCUUAACCACUACGCUAUAUGCCGUCAAAUGUAACUAAUGUACAUAAUUCCUCAUCUCUUAAAUAUAGAACUGUAUAAAUAUAUGUUUAAAUAUAUUAAAUAUAUAUGUAUGUAAAAUCAUAUAUAUCAUAUAUACAGAUAUAUGUUUAUAUAAAUAUACGUAAUAUAAGUAUAUGUUAUAUACACUCAGUCAAAUGUAUAUAUUACCGUAAACUAAUAUAGAUGCAAACGUGGUUGUGAGGCAAGAAGUUUGUUUCCCAACCACAUUAUAUUAUAUAUAAAUAUACUAGCGGGACAUGUAAAUAUUUCACGGAAUUAAUGAUAAACUUUUUGGGUUAUUUCUGAAAACAUCAAAAAAACCCUAAAAGUGUAUCCUGUGUUGAGUCUGUAUCAAAAAAUAGCCGUUCAUCCGCUAACCGUUGAAGAGUGAAAGCGUUACAAACGGGCUAAGUAACGGAAGAAAAAAACUUAGUUAAAAAGGAUUACACAUUUCACUUACCACCACCACCCUCCCUCCCUCCCUCCAACCAAUCACGUGGAAUCGUUACGGACGGGCUAAGUAAAGGAAAAAUGAGCAGAAUUGUAAGAAAUAUCAGUCAAUAUGUAUACACUCAUACAUGCGCACCCUCUUGGAUAUGCAUGCGCAUGCCUACGCUGCUAUGCACGUGUUUACACUCUCACGUGUAGACCUUCAGUUACAUGAACUACAAGUAAAGGAGAAAUUCUAAGAAAAUUGCGGAAACCUUAAUGCUAAGAUGGAGACCUUGAGGCCAUGCAUAUACUGAAGACCCCCUUCCACCUACGUUUCAGGCAAAAGUUUUAUCCUUCCCCUUUCUUGUGUAGACGUUUACUCGAAAAUAUUUCUCAAAAUUUUUAGAUUUUCCAUGAUUUUCCUCUGUUAUUUGAUGUUGAAAGUUACAUGUAUGAAAGAGAAUCUGUAUUUGGGUGAAGAUGUUCUUUUAAAGGUGCAUAUAUUUAUAUAUAUAUGUGUGUGUUGUGUGUGUGUGUGAUUCACAUUGCUGAGCAAAACAACCAGUAACUAUGCAGAGAGACCAUAUUCUGUCCUAAUCAGAGUGCAGUCUCUGAAACGAUCGGCUUGAUAAACCAUUCAGGAAAUACUUGCCCAUUGGAGUUCAUAUAUGCUGUGGAAAGUUACGCAGUGUGUUGUGUGUAACUUCGCCAGGAGGGAUUAACCUUAUCUCGUGCCCCUGCUUUUGAAGCAAACCAUAAAAAUUUUCCUAGAUCUUC